UGCACAGGGUUCUCAUCGUCAGAAUGGCUGACGUGGAAAAUCUUUCUGCUGUACUGAAAAAGAAGGGUGAACUGGUGCUGGAAAACACGCCUAUUCCUUCACCAGGCAAAAAUGAGGUUCAGUUGAAAAUGGCUGCCGUGGGCAUCUGUGGCUCAGAUGUUCACUACCUUGUCAAUGGCCGCAUCGGUGAUUUCAUCGUCAAGGCUCCUAUGAUACUCGGUCACGAGUCCUCAGGGAUUGUUUCCGCUGUGGGCGAAGGUGUCACCGACCUGAAAGUUGGUGACCGCGUAGCCAUUGAGCCUGGAGUGCCUUGUAGGAUGUGCUCUUUCUGUAAGGGAGGUCGCUACAAUCUUUGCCCUGAUGUGAUCUUCUGUGCCACUCCCCCGGUUGAUGGCUCUCUACGUCGCUACUACUGCCAUGCUGCUGAUUUCUGCUAUAAGCUCCCCGACCACGUUUCUCUGGAGGAAGGCGCCCUCUUGGAACCACUGUCUGUCGGAGUCCACGCCUGCCACAGGGCUGGUGUCCAGCUGGGGAGCAGCGUUCUUGUUCUGGGAGCAGGUCCCAUCGGACUGCUCUCCCUUCUGACUGCCAAGGCCAUGGGAGCAACUCACAUUGCAAUCACCGAUCUUGACCGGGGUCGUCUGGACCUGGCUGUGAAGCUGGGCGCCAAUCACGCACUGAAGGUGGACACUCGGGACGGUGAGGAGAUGGCACGCAGAGUGGAGGAAGCUUUGGGAUGUAAGCCAGAUAUCAGCAUUGAGUGCAGCGGAGCCGAGCCCAGUAUACAGACGGGUAUCUAUGCAACUAAAUCAGGCGGUGUGCUUGUCCUAGUCGGUUUGGGCCCACCAUCUGUCAACGUGCCGAUGGUCAGUGCCGCUGUGAGGGAAGUGGACAUCCGCGGCAUCUUCAGAUAUGCCAACUGCUACCCUCUCGCCCUGGAGAUGAUCGCCUCAGGCAAGGUGGACGCCAAGCCACUGAUAACCCAUCACUUCCCCCUGGAGAAGACACUGGAGGCAUUUGAGACGUCGCGGACGGGAGCAGGUGGAGCCAUCAAGGUCAUGAUACACUGUGACCAGUAGGGAGACAGGGAAUCACCAUGGCAACAGUAUGCAGAGUAACCAAUCAAAAUACUAAGCAGCUAUUGAAGGUGCUUUGUCACAGAACAAUCUCCAUAUGGACAUGAUGUUUGAUGAUCAGUGAGAUAUUUAGUUACCUUAGCAACAAAAUCCCAGAUAACCAAUCAAACUGGGGCAACCAUUAAGUCCCCUAAACUCAGGCCAAACAAAUGAACUGUAGUACUAGAACAAAAUUUUGACCUGUCAUAGUUAUAUUAACCACUUCGUACGGGGGAGUCCAGUACUGGAGACACAUUGCACAGCCCACAAGGCCAGGGUGCCCGAAAUCGGAGCUCGCUUUUGAACAAAAAAUAAAGUUUCUGGGCGUUUGUAGAAAAGUUCACUUGCUGUCAGUUAUAAGAUUGGGCCAUCAGCAAAGGUAAUUCCAUCAUUGCCUUGCAACAAUGGGUUCACUGGACUGCAAAACUGGGCCUUUAAUCACUUGGAAACAAAAGACCGAGCUGCUGGGACUUGCCAUUGAAGGUUCGUACAGUAGCUGUCAGUGCUGGCCAUUAGCAGAGGUAACCUGUCAUUGAAAUCCGGCUGUUGCCCUUAUCCAAUAUAUAUUCAUAUUUGAAUAAUUCGUCAUUGUUUUGAAACAGUAUCAUUGUGUGUUGCCAGUGCUAGCGGAUUAUAAGUGUGGACAAAAGCACUCACUCCGGCCAUUAGCGAUACAAUACCACUGAGUGCUUGUGGAAUCUGGCCACAUUAUACAGUGUUCAUUGUGCCCAUGUGCUUGUUAAAUGGCCCGAUUCAGCCUCAUGGCCCAUGUGCUCUGCAUAGCAACCCUGGCCGCCCAGCGUAUCAACCCACUGGGCUAAUUCCUGGAAUAAAGAGGAAAUUAUGCAACACCGCAUAAUGGGGGCUCCUUACGGGCCGCACGCGUGGCUGCAAUACUCACGCAUCAGUGGAGGUUACCUGUCAGAUUAGAGUGGCCACAGGACAGUCAUUCUUUUGGGUGAACAUGUGAAGUAAAUGAAGAUAUAAAUGUUUGAAGAAUUUUGAAAACAGAAAAAAAAUCGAAAAGUGCCUGGUCGAGUAGCCUCAACAUCAAAAAGUGCCCAGCAGGAAGUGGUUAACAUCACUAAUUUGGUGGAAGAUGUCUCUGUUGGUUAAUAAAGAGGCUUUUGGAAACAUGGAAAAUUCGUUGUCAAAAACUUUUUCCAAACUGUUCCAAUGUAAAAAAGAGUAAUUUUAUAAAAGAAGUAAUAUGUUUUAUGUGGUGGAGGACAUAAGAGUUAUCUCUGUUUUUGCUUCAUUUGUUUUUACUUCAAUAAUUCAUUUAUGGGAAUCUUUUCUGUUAAAUGUUUUCUUAAAAAUUCUCCUACCAAAAAACAUAAAAAUACUGGAAAAUUGUAUUCUGUAACAGUAGAAAAAAAAUUUACUAAUUGAAAAUUUUGUCUUGGUGAAUUAUACUUCCAAAGUGUGCUUGACUGUGACUGUCCCACAGUUUCAUUUUACACUGACUGUGAGAAAUGAAAACAGACUGCAAUAAAUACCGGGAAAUU